AUGAAGUCGUCACCAAUUCGUAUCACUGUGGCGAUCCUCCUUUGUGGACCUAUUAUUUCUACGGUAGCCACAAGAGGCGGUUCUUUGUCAGAGCGUCGAAUUGUGAGCAUACUACCAAAGGAGGAACCCAAAGUUCAUGGAAUAUUCCAGAAACAUGGUGGUUCGGCCGAACUCUUUUCACUUCCCAAGGGGAGCUCUCCAUUGUCAGUUCCCUCGGAUACAACCUCCACCACUGAUACCCAACUUCCGCUUCAUUUAUCUUCAAGGACACGGCAUAUAUCACACAUUGUGGCAUCCAUUUUUACUGUAUUUUUGUUUGGAUCCCUUGUUUAUUGUUGGAAGUGUAUGGGGUCCGACCAUGACAGGAGCAAUGUUGGACUAAUCUUAUCAUUUAUGAGUGUGGUGGCAUACUUUAUGGAAGCAGCCACCAGUAGCACUGCGCGGUACCUUCGUAAUCCAUUGACUCCAGAUGACGUCGACGAGUAUUUGGACUCUAUAAAAGCUGUCAUUCCUAGAGUGAUUUGGGAUAUCGAAUGCUUUCACUACGAGACGGUUCAGCGGGUCGAAUAUCCUUCUAGCAGCAAUGACGAUAAGGACAAUAAUGACCAGAAUGUGCCAGAAGUACGCACGGAAACGGAAACGAUUGUGACGCAUCGAGCCUCUGCCGAAUACUCCUUUGCUAGGUGUAAGGAUGAAACAGAUACACGUAGCUUGUCACGAAUGCUAACGGGUGGUGGCACUGAUAAUAUCAAAGGUGACGAUUCCUCCACACAAGCACAACUAUCUUCCAUACCAAAGCAAUUCACCAAGAUCACUUUGGACAAGCUACUCUUUUUUGCCAACGAUGCAACCUAUUGCGACUAUAUGGAGCAAGAAUCAAGAUUUCGACAAUUACAUCAGCAUCGAGACCUCCAUCACUCCUUUUCUUCUCGACUCGUAAUGGAUGGAUACUUGCCCAAGAUUCUGGUGGUCAAUCACAGCUUGGGUGGAGCAGGAACGGGAUUGAUCAAGAAUCUAUGGUACUGGAUUUUUACGUGCCUUGGUCUGACAGUACCCUAUCGAAUAUGGUUCUCCCAGCAUUGUUCCAAUACCGAAGUUACCAUCACCAAGGAGGUAUCAUCACGAUGA